AUGGCGGUGCUUGAUGAAGCUACCGAGCUGCCGCCGUUCGGGUUCAACAUUGCGGUGCUAGAGCAGCGGUUGAAACAUCGCCUAGGGCUCGAGAUCGCUCAGUCCGCAAUCAACGCGUGCUUGUCGCCGUACUACAACCUGAGAGAGUGGGAGGACCGCUACGUGGUCACGUCCCUGGGCUCUGAGGUGCAGGAGUUCGGGAGCGCCGGCCACCCGCCCCGCUUCCCUCUCGAGGAGUUCCUCCUGUGCACCGACGACGAGCAAGAAGCUGACGACGGCGGAAGCGGCGGCAGCGGCGGCAGCGAUGGCGAUGAGGCGGACAUCGAGAACGGUGCGGAAUCCGAAGGCGAGGAGGAGGAGGAGGAGGAGGAGGAUGCAGUUGAUGCCGCCCGUGUCGGGCAUAGUGGCGGAGGCGGUGUAGGCGGGAGAAAUGCCGGCGGCGACGGCGGUAGCACCGGUGAUGAUGUCGGGGCGGGACGAGUUACCAACCGGCACCAAGAAGAAGAAGAGGAGGAGGAGGAGGUGGAGGAGGAGGAGGAGGACGCAGCUGCGGGAGCAGGCGACGCCGGCGGCGGCGGAGGGCCCCGAGCAGACGACGGAGGGGGAGGGAGGGCGAGGUCGGGCGGCGGAGCCGGGGGCUCUGCUGCUGCCGCGGGAUCGGCGUCAUUGUCGCUCUCCUCCACCCCGCUUUCCUUCCGGGCUGCUGCCGGUCACGCCACCAAACUCCCGUCCUCCGGCGAGGGGCUCCGCGGUAUCAGCAGCAGCAGCAGGAAGCGUUCCCACAGCGACACCGGGGUAGGUUGGGACGGCGACGGCGACGGCGACGGCGGCGGCGGCGGCGGCGGGGGUGCGAUCAUCAAGGUCGAUGGCAGCAUGGCAAUGGCGUGAAAAAUGCAAUGUGGCUGACUUUCGGGGUGGCAGCAGCGCUGCGCUCUUUUCGUGCGGUGCUAGACUAAGAUAGGAGGUGUGCGAGAGUAACUCUCGGUCUCCCUCGUGUAGCCCCUCAUCAACGAGCGGUUGCGCGCCGCGCCGCCCCGUGCUGCGCCGUGCGAGCGGCGGGAAGAACUCCAAUGGGAACACUGCCGGUUGGGUUACCAAGCAAGCACACAACCGCAGCAGUGCAGAAAUAGUUUGAAAGGGUUAUGGCGUGGCGGUAGAAGGCACGAGAGGAGCAGCAGAAGAGGGUUCCGGCCUACGCCUACUAUAGUCUUGGCUCUGCCAACGGUGAAUCGUGUGAUGCAACACAGGCUAGCCCACUCUCAACCAACGCUCUGUGCUGUAGAGUGUGCGCGAGAUGGCUAGAACGCCUGGAAGGGCUUGCGUGAACGUUUGCUGUGUUGUUCCGUCAGACACCCUUUGCGAUUCUUCAAGCGUUCGCUUUAGCGUUGCGGGAUAAGCGUGACAGUUUUUGGGCCUGUGGGUGUUUCAGUCUCUUUCCUGCGAGGAAUGAUGACGACGAGGGGCGUGUUGUCGUCUGGCCUUGUGCCUGCUUGAUGGAAAGGUGAAGGUUUCGCGGCCGUGCCACAAUACGGGAUUGGCUGAGUCGUUGGGGGCCGUGGUGCUCAAGCCGACUAGCGGGCUUGGUGAAAUGACGGGACGAAUAGCUCAAUGUGGUGUGUGCUAAGGGGCGAUGAACGCAAUGGAAACUGCAGAUGACCUCCGUGUCGUCUUCUGCUAUUACAAUCUGGUGUCUGCAUGCGGGCGUUGUUUGCUUGUUUAGUCUUUAGUGCAGCACAAACUUGCUUAGGUGCUUAUUUGUUCGUGUUUCUGUUGAUUGUCUUCGACGACCGCGCUCUUUACCGGCUGGCCAAUGUAAAAAAUGUCAGUCUUCUGUGUGUGUUGUUUUUAUUAGCAUCGACCGCGCCAUCGACCGCGCCAUUAACCGGCUGACCAAUGAAUGAAAGGCUUCAAGUCUCAGCGUGUGUGUAAGAAUGGUGGUUGGUCUCUUUUUCCUUGGCGUCGACGGGCUUGACCGGGUGGCCGAUAUAACAGACGGCCGUGUUUAUGACUGGGCGAAAAAAGCGGGAACCCCCGGUGUUGUGUACGUGUGUGCUUGCGUGUGCCGUGUUCUUUAGCAUGAUCGUCCGCGCCCC